AUGGCCUCAUCAACAUCCCCACCCCUCCCAAACGCCAACUCCCCCGACUCCCUCGUCCUCUCCUCCGACCCCUUACACCCAGCAAACCACAUCUGCGCCCUCUGCCGCAACUUCUACGACUUCGGCUGGGUCACCGGCACGGGCGGCGGCGUCUCGAUCAAACAUGGCGACAACGUCUACAUCGCUCCCAGCGGAGUGCAGAAAGAGCUCAUGCAGCCGACGGAUAUGUUCGUGAAGGACUAUGAGUCUGGGGAGUAUUUGAGGAGGCCGGCGGCCCAUAAACCCUCCGCAUGCACCCCCCUAUUCAUGGCGGCUUUCACGACUCGCUCCGCUGGCUGCUGCAUCCACACGCAUUCCCAAUGGGCUGUUCUCGUCACUCUGAUCUGUGAGUCUACCAACUCCAAAGACGUCUUCUCCAUCUCCCAGAUCGAGCAGAUCAAAGGUAUCUCCCGGGGUGGACACGGCAGCACCUCCACCUCCAACUCCAACGAAAUCCUAGAAGGCGGCCGGAAAGCAGGCAACCUAGGUUUUUUCGACACGUUAAAGAUACCGAUUAUAGAGAAUACAGCGCACGAGGAGGAUUUGCGGGAGAGUCUGGAGGGCGCGAUAAGGGAGUGGCCGGAGACGACGGCGGUGCUGGUCAGGAGGCAUGGGGUCUAUGUUUGGGGGAAGGAUGUGGCGCAGGCGAAGACGCAGUGUGAGAGUUUGGAUUAUUUGUUUCGGUUGGCGGUGGAGAUGCAUAGGCUGGGGGUGGGGUGGGUGAAGGAGUAG